AAGCGGAAGCUCAGUAGCGUGUUCUGGACCGGGGAGCCUGAGAAAUAACAGCCCUGUGAUCCUCGGACCCUGGAGCCGAGAGGGGGCGGGGAAAGGAACGAGGCUGGCUGAAUCGUUUCCAGCCGUUCCCCUAAUACAGCAUGCCUCAGGUCCCGACGCGAUCCUGCUACUGAGGGCAUCGACCUCAUCCCUUGCCAACCAGCCGGUUCCUUAUCGCCUGUCGAGCCCCUUGCCCGAGUCAGCCUGCCAGUAGAGACCCCUGACGAGGCCCAUGUUUCACCCCGGGGUUCGGCCUCCUGAGGUGGGAGCCACGCAUGCGUGAUUGUGUCAUGUGGCCACUUGUGGACUUCUUAGCUUGGAGUAGCACCAUUUUGCAGUACGGAAACUACAAAGCAACGCAGACUGGAACCUCUCCUCGAUAUCUGCUUCCUGCUUCCGGAGAAGUCUGUUUUGAUUUGGGAAGACGUUACCCCGAAAUAGGAUCAAGGGAGAUUUAAACAGCCAGGCUGUUUUUCUUAAUGCAGGUGUCUGGAGGUGGCUCUGGUCACUGCAGGACCACCAAAGGCUUGGCUUCCUUGUCUCAUCCUCCCCUUGCCCAGUCUCAUUUUCCUAGCUCUCCCAAAAGCCAUGUCCAGGUCCUCCCUCAUUAACUUUACCCCAGCCACUGACCCCAGUGACCUCUGGAAAGAUGGGCAGCUGCAAUCACAGCCUGAAGAGCUGGAGCCCACCCUUGAUGGAGCUGCAACCCGGGCUUUCUACGAGGCCUUAAUUGGGGAUGAGAGCAGCACCCUGGAACCCCAGAGAUCUCAUCCUGAGCCUGCCAGUAAGAGAAAGAGGAAGAAAAGAACAAUGAGGGAGGCUGCAGCAGGAACAUCAGGAGGACAUGGACAAAGGAGAUCCCUGGAGGCAGAAGACAAGAUGACCCAGCGGAUACUGAGGGCAGCCCAGGAGGGGGACCUGGCAAAACUAAAAAGACUGUUGGAUCCCCAUGAGGCAGGGGGAGCUGGGGGGAAUAUCAACGCUCGAGAUGCCUUCUGGUGGACCCCGCUAAUGUGUGCUGCCCGGGCCGGCCAGGAGGCAGCUGUGCGCUAUCUCCUGAACCGUGGGGCUGCCUGGGUUGGGGUCUGUGAGCUGAGUGGCAGGGAUGCUGCUCAAUUGGCAGAAGAAGCGGGCUUUCCUGAGGUGGCCCGCAUGGUCAGAGAGAGCCCUGGAGAGACGAGGAGUCAAGAGAAUUGGUCCCAGUCCCCCUCCCCCCAGUACUGUGAGACCUGUGGUGCCCACUUCCGAGACUCUAACCACCGUACAUCCACUGCUCACCUGCUGUCACUGUCCCAGGAUCUCCGGCCCCCCAGCCAGCCCCUUGGGGUGCCUACCUCCAGUCCAGGCUUCAGGCUGCUGCUGAAGGGGGGCUGGGAGCCUGGAAUGGGGCUGGGGCCCCGGGGUGAGGGCCGUGCCAACCCCAUCCCCACUGUCCUCAAGAGGGACCAGGAAGGAUUAGGCUACAGAUCAGCACCCCAACCCCGAGUUACACAUUUCCCAGCUCGGGAUACCCGGGCAGUGGCUGGGAGGGAGAGAACCCCUCGGGUGACCACAAUGAGCCAGAAGAGGGAGAGAAGGCAGGAGGAGAAGGACAGGGCCUGGGAGCGGGAUUUGAGGACAUACAUGAAUCUUGAGUUCUGACCUUGGCAAGGUCUGACCCUGGUCUGCUUGAGCCUCUGGCCUGGGCACUUUGGCUUCUACUUCCUGAGGUCUGCUCAGGUCCCAGACCCUCAGGUUUUGAACAGUGGGCUCUGCCUUUGGGAGAGAGAGGCUGAGAGUUAAAAAAUAAAAUUUUUUUUCCUC